GGUCGACAGGAGACAAACUCCAGGAAAAACGAAGCCCACGAUGUAACGGGAUAACGCUUACCUAUUUUACGCGCAAACUUUGUGUAGACAUGAGCCGCGUUUUCGUUUAAAACACAGUAUAAGUUGGUAAAAGUAGUUGUGUACUUUCCAGAUCAGCUUUUGUUUUUGUGCCACGUUUUCCAACAUGAGGGACACUGCUGUUUAAAGACGCGUUUGGAACUUAAUGGACUUGGAGGUGAUGAGAGAGGCGCGCACAUGCUUUUCGUCCUCAGACACUCCAAAAUUGUAGAGUAGUGUUUUUUUUAUGUUUUUCGUUGGAUUUUAUUGAGCAAACACUGCAGAGGAUGGCUGAACACGAGAGCCUGGAGUUUGGAAAGGCUGACUUUGUUCUGUUGGACCAUGUUUCUAUGGAGGAGUUCAUGGGUAACCUCAAACUCAGGUUUGAGAAGGGCAGGAUCUACUCAUACAUUGGAGAGGUGGUUGUGUCUGUUAACCCUUAUCGUGCCAUGAACAUCUAUGGUCGCGACACCAUAGAGCAGUACAAAGGCCGUGAGCUGUACGAGCGGCCGCCACACCUGUUUGCCAUCGCUGAUGCUGCGUACAAAGCCAUGAAGAGGAGGAGCAAAGACACUUGUAUUGUCAUCUCAGGGGAAAGUGGAGCAGGAAAAACAGAGGCCAGCAAGUACAUAAUGCAAUACAUCGCUGCUAUCACUAAUCCUAAUCAAAGGGCUGAAGUUGAAAGGGUAAAAAAUAUGCUGCUUAAAUCCAAUUGUGUCUUGGAGGCCUUUGGAAACGCCAAGACCAACCGUAACGACAACUCCAGCCGCUUUGGGAAAUAUAUGGACAUCAAUUUUGAUUUCAAGGGUGAUCCGAUCGGAGGCCACAUCAACAACUACCUGCUGGAGAAGUCCAGAGUCAUUUUCCAACAAGAAGGAGAGCGGAGCUUCCAUUCUUUUUAUCAGUUACUUAAAGGUGCUCCAGAGUCCUUACUUCGCUCUCUUCACAUCCAGAAAGACCCAAAAGCUUACAACUAUGUCAAAGUUGGAGGCCAAUUAAAGUCGGGCAUUAACGAUAACGCAGACUUCAAAGCUGUGGCUGAUGCCAUGAAAGUAAUCGGCUUCACAGGGGACGAGGUCCAGACGGUGUACAAGAUCCUGGCCACCAUCCUGCAUCUGGGUAACCUUACCUUUGGCGUGGAUGGGGAUGUGACCCUAAUAGAAAACUCAAAGCUAGUGUCUAUACUCAAAGAUCUACUCUCCACCAAAGAGGAGAAUGUGGAAAAGGCGUUACUGUAUCGCACAGUCGCCACCGGACGAGAUGUCAUCGAAAAACAACACACUGUACAAGAGGCCAGCUACGGACGGGACGCUCUGGCCAAGGCCAUGUACGAGCGCAUGUUUUGUUGGAUUGUGGGUCGGAUCAACGACAUCAUCGAGGUAAAAAACUAUGACGCCAAUGUUCACGGGAAGAACACUGUGAUCGGAGUACUGGACAUUUACGGAUUUGAAAUUUUCCAAAACAACAGUUUUGAACAGUUCUGUAUAAACUACUGCAAUGAGAAGCUGCAGCAGUUGUUCAUUCAGUUAGUGCUGAAGCAGGAGCAGGAGGAGUAUCAGAGAGAGGGAAUCCCAUGGAAACACAUUGAUUACUUCAAUAACCAGAUCAUUGUGGACCUGGUGGAGCAGCAGCACAAAGGGAUCUUCUCCAUCCUGGACGAGGCCUGUAUGAAUGUGGGCAAAGUCACUGAUGAGGUUUUCCUUCAAGGACUCAAUGGAAAACUGGCCAAGCACGCUCACUAUACCAGCCGCAAGCUGGCCCCAACUGACAAGACUCUGGAGUUUGACAGAGAUUUCCGCAUCAGACAUUAUGCUGGGGAUGUCGUGUACUCGGUGGUUGGGUUUAUUGAUAAGAACAAAGACACUCUGUUCCAGGACUUCAAGAGGCUCCUCUAUAACAGUUCCAACCCAGUGCUUAAAGGGAUGUGGCCGGAGGGUAAGCUUCGGAUCACGGAGGUCACCAAACGACCUCUCACCGCGGCGACGCUCUUCAAAAACUCCAUGAUCUCACUGGUGGAGAACCUGGCGUGCAAGGAGCCCUAUUACGUCCGCUGCAUUAAGCCUAACGAUGUGAAGUCGCCCCUGCUGUUCGAGAUGCAGCGCUGUCAGCACCAGGUGGAGUACCUGGGUCUGCUGGAGAACGUCCGUGUGCGCAGGGCGGGCUUCGCGUACCGCCAGACCUACCCCCGCUUCCUACAAAGAUACAAGAUGAUCUCAAAGUUCACUUGGCCCAAUCACGAUUUGGGAUCAGACAAAGCAGCGGUGAAGAGUCUGCUGAAGUCCUGUGGGUUUGAGCACGACGUCGCCUAUGGCAACACCAAAGUCUUCAUCCGGACCCCCCGCACCCUGUUCAACCUGGAGGAGCAGAGGGCCGAGAUGGUCAAGAGGAUCGUCCUGUUUCUGCAGAAGGUAUGGAGGGGAACUCUGGCCAGAAUGAGGUAUCGCCGUAUGAGAGCAGCCCUGAUAAUCCUGCGAGCCUACAGACGCUACAAAGUCAAGUCCUACAUAAAGGAAGUGAACCGGCGCUUCAGAAAUGUCAAAAAUAUGAAAGACUAUGGGAGACACGUGAAGUGGCCCACACCCCCAAAAGUACUGCGCAAGUUUGAGGAAGCCCUGCGGAGCAUCUACAACAGGUGGUGGGCUUGGACGCUGAUCAAAAGCCUUUCACCAGAGGAGGCACUGCAGGUGAGGGCUAAAGUAGCAGCAUUUGAAGUACUCAAGGGCAACAGGACUGACUUGGGACUACAGCGGCCCUGGGAGGGAAACUACCUGAAGCGAGACAGUCCUGAUACAGCUUCAUCUUUCACAUUGGUCUCCAGCGAACUGCAACGAAGAGACAAGUUUAUGAGAGUUUUGUUCUCCUGUAACGUUCGAAAGAUCAACCGUUUUAAUAAAGCAGAGGACCGCACUGUGCUCAUUACUGACCGCCAUGUGUACAAGAUGGACCCCCUGAAGCAGUACAAGCCUAUGAAGAGCAUUCCCCUCUACAACGUGACCGGAGUGAGCGUGUCCCCGGGGAAAGACCAGCUGGUGGUCUUUCACACUAAGGACAGCAGAGACCUGGUGGUGUGUCUGCAGGGCCUGGUCCCACCCAACGAGAGCCGCAUUGGAGAGCUGAUCGGGACCCUCCUCAGCCACUUUAAGAGUGAGAAGAGGAAGCUACAGGUCAACGUGGCCAGUCCCAUUCAGUGCAGCAUGAAUGGCCGAAAGUGUACCAUCAUCGUCGAACCCAAAAUCAACCAAUCACAGCCCGACUUCAUCAAGAGCCGCUCUGGGUACAUACUGUCUGUACCAGGGAACUAGCACGACACCCUAAACACUCGAAAACAACAGCAGAUUUCAAACUAGGUCAUGUGCUAUAAUAAUUAUUCUCUUAUGAUUCAUGUACAUAUGAGAGGUCGCUGACAGUGUGACGAUGGCAGCGCUUUGAGCAAACUGUACUAAUGAAGUCCUUUAAUACAAGCCAAAUCUAAUGUGUUUCUACGCAACGAUCAAGCUAUUUAAAACCUGUAUGCACUACAAGAUCUAUCAAAGUUAGUCUGUUGUGUGUCAAUUUCAUCAAUCAUUGUAACUUUAGUAGGUGGGUUUAUUAUCUUGCAAUUAAAUGUGUUAUAGUUAAAUCUGUUAUAUGAAGCAAGAAAACUGGGCAUGCAUCAGGAUUAAUUCAUGAUUCACACACAAAAAAUGAUGUUAAAGGUGUAUUAUGUAACUUUUUGCAAAAUAGAUGCCAUACUGUGGAACACUGAGACCAUUUUUCAUUUAACUAUUUUAUAUUGAUCCAAAGCAAAAUUUGAUGUUCUACUUUAUAUGUUUCUUCCAGUUUCUUGCAAGUUUUUGAAUGGAAAAAGAUGAAAUAAUGUUUAUUUCAAUGCUUUUUUUUUGUAUGUUAAGGGCCAAAUAUUAAUGCAUUCCCAAAACUGAACCAAAGAAGAAGCUUGUUUGAACAAUUGACCAGUAAUUGACCAGUAACGUUAGACAGGUGGUCAUAAUGUUAUGCUUGAUCUGUGAAUGCAUUAGUGAAAGAUUAAAUAACAUUAUAUAGAAUCAAUAGUGCAUAAUGAAAAAAUAAAUCUAUGUUAUCUAUGUAAAAGUAACUAAAGGAGGUAAGGGAGCAAACCUGAAAUCCUCCAGAAAGAACCAGUUUCAAAAAGGGCACAUUGUAAUUGACUUAAUACCUGUACGGUAAAUAAAGGAAAGAAUAUAGUCUUAUGUGUUUACUCUCACAUAUGGAGAUUUGAAUGAGAUUGUUGUUUUUGUUCCUUAUUGUAACAUUGCAGUCUGUGAUGUGUUGAGCAUAUCCCUGACACUGCAUUGUUGUAUUAAUUUAAUUUCUGCAUAACUAUAUUUACUGCUACUUUGAAAAUCUAUACUAAUUAUAUAUGUAGUAAAGCAUAUACAAGGACUAUGUGUAUGAUAAGCACUUAUACUCCUCUGAGGGAUAUACACUACCAGUCAAACGUUUGGACACACAUUCAAUUUAGGUUUUUUUUGGGUUUUUUUACUACUUUCUACAUUUUAUUUACAGACAGGAGACAACAAAUGUAUGAAGUAAGGUAUAUUGAAUUAUGUAGCAUUUGAUAUCUUGAUCCAUAGUAAAAGAACUGGACAUUUCACUGCUCAUUCAAGCCACUUAUUCAGUUCUGGUCAGAUUAUUGGUUUCAGUUUCAGUUUCAGUGUAGUUAGCUUCUCCCUUCAGAUAGAUAUAAAGCGGUGUCCACUAGUAAUCUGACCAGAACUGAAGAAGAGGCUUGGAUGAGCAGCAAAACGUCUUCACUCCUACAACUUUUUGUCCAGUUGACAGAUUUGAAUUUUUCUAUUACGUUUGAUAUCUUCUAUAUUAUAAAAAUAAAGAAAAAAAAAACAUGAAAUGAGAAGGUGUGUCCAAACUUUUGACUGGUAGUGAACCUGAACUGCUAUGUAUAUUCAGUGCAUAUGUUUAUAUUUGAUCAUUAUGACGUCAUAGUGUUUGGGGCCACUCAGUAUAAUCAGUUAUUGUUUUUCUGUUUCUGUUAAUUGAACUGCCUAAUGACAUCUCCAAAUCGCUGGAAAAGCCUGCGAUUUCACUAAUACCCUCCAUUAAAAACAACAGGGUUUGAGAAGGUUUUUUAAUAAGUUUGACAAAUUGAGUCUAAUAUGAAGUUUGUUUAUAAUAAAGGCUCAGAAAGUUUCAGUCAAUAUUAGUCACGUGAGCGCUCCAGGUCUCCCGUCUCACUUUAUAUUCGAUCUAGUUUCGUGUUCGUCAGAUGUUCAUUACAAUCUGUUGUUUUGCAAUAUUUUUGAUGACGUUUAUGAGAUGGUGUUUCAUACUUUAAUCUGCCACAAAUAAUAGGGAUGUGACUGUGUGUUCCCUUUUUUCAGUUUGUUCAAUAUAGUUUUCAUUUUCAACUCCUCAAUUACGUUCUUUCACCUGACUAUGAACCCAUAUCAACGCAAAAUGAACCCCACCCUCCCUAAACGUGCAAUAUAUAUUUACUUUUUACUUUUGUUUUAUAUAAAGAUUUGAUCCCGAAUGGAUUGAAUCACUGUAUGUUUAAAAGCAAACAUACUUUACUAAUUUACAAUGGACACUUCCUUAUUUGCUUGUGCAUAAUUAACGUCAAAAACAAAACAUUUUAGAGUUUCGAAUGACCCAUUUACCUCUCCAAAUCUUCUCAAACACUUCCAAUACUGUCCACUCCCUCCAAAUCCCAGAUAUUAGUCUUUGAACAUCUCGACAGAAAGUACUAGCCCACGGGUACGAAUCCACUCUCCCUAGGUGUUUGUCCCAGUUGCUAUUUCUCCCCUACAUUGAGGCUAACGUGCUAACCGCAUUUGCAUCCCUAAUUAUCUCCAGUAUGUCAUUUAUCUUAAUUAGUAUAUUCACUGUCCACUCUAUACCUCACAGCUAAACAACCUUCUAUAGUUAUAAUAGAGGGAUUUGAAUGGGGGCGAAUGUUCUUGCUUAGGCCGGUGUAUCCUUCUAUCCUCGGGCUUAUUUUAGUCCCAUAGGCCUCCUCUCCUCUCUCCACCACCAUCAUUAGACUAGACUACAGAUCACGUCUCACUUCAGUGCCCCUUACAGCGCUUUAGUUCAGGAAACCAGGGUUGUGGGUGAACAAAGGAACUCUCUUUCUCUCUUUAUUUGCCCUUAAUCCUUCACAGCUACACUAGCAGGCUAAUGUAAGGAUGCACUUUUUCAUACACUCGGAAAAAGCACGGAAUAACUCAAAUCAUUUUAUAUUUGACAUUCUUCAAAGUAGCCAUCUUUUGACUUUCCAGAGAUAAGUCCAAGGGUUUGCAGCGCUGUCAACAAAGCAAAGGGUGGCUACUUUGAGGAAUUUUAAUAACAUAAGAGCAGAUUUAAGCCACAAUAACUAUUCUUCAUGAGCUGCAAUAGAUAAACAGAUGAUGAAACACUUUAGUACUUAGUUUGCGUCUGUAAUGAGUCAUUCAUUGAACUUUUUAUGGCUUAAAUCUUAUCGUAUAACCAAAAAUUUCCCAGUAGUGCAAAGUAAAUGUGCAUACAUGACCCCAAAUAUAUUGAACGAUAAGUCAAUGUAGUGAUUAUUGUGACAGACUUGCAAAGAAAUUGAAAUAAGAGUCCAAACUUUCAACUGGUAAUGUAUACUGGCGUUUUGUUUGGUUUUAUGCCAAGUAAAACCCUCUGGAGUUGAUUUGCUGAAAAGGAAGCAAAAACAAAUGCAGGAACAGACUAACAAAUAGCGUUUUAAGACCCAGACUAAAAAUAGGAUAAAUGUGCUAAAUAGACAACUUAAUUUCCAUAAUAUCGAUUGGUCAGGGGAACUCUCAACCCACUAAAAGGCUUUUCCUAAUUACUCCACUAUAGUAAACUGUGCCAUUGUAUUCUCCCAUUUAAGUAAAUAUAUUGUUUUUCGAUUUGCUUUCACCAUGUUCAACUGUCACAACCAGCCAAAGCAUCUUUUUAUCAUGUUGAUUUAUACAAAUAUUUCUCAGUUAAAAUGCUGAUUCAGUAAGUGCCUAAUUUCAAGUUAAAUGGUGUAUUUCUGUUCAUGUUGUCUUGUAUGUCAGUGUCGCAUACCACAGUUUAUAUAAAGAAAAAUUGGCAUUUUGUUUUGUGCAGUUGAUAUCCAUUAUGUUUCAGUAAUCUUUUCAUUAAUAAAUCUAUUUGAGCAAG